AUGUUGGACCAGAUGGCAAACGAAAUCAAACUCCUGUCGGGGAGUUCCCACCCGGAGCUGAGCGCCCAGGUCGCUAGCCGUCUGGGCAUCGAUGUCGCCAACACCUUGAGCCUCCACUAUUCCAACCAGGAGACGAGCGUGUCCAUCGGGGAAUCCGUCCGCGACGAAGACGUCUUCAUCCUCCAGUCGACUGCCCCCGGCGACGUCAACGAUGGCCUCAUGGAGCUCCUCAUCAUGAUCCAUGCCUGCCGAACAGCCUCGGCCCGUCGCAUCACCGCCGUCAUCCCCAACUUCCCUUACGCCAGGCAGGACAAGAAGGACAAGUCGCGUGCUCCUAUCAGUGCCAAGCUCAUCGCGAAUAUGCUUCAGGUGUCUGGAUGUAAUCACGUCAUAACCAUGGACCUCCACGCCUCCCAGAUCCAGGGAUUCUUCAACGUCCCCGUCGACAACCUGUACGCCGAACCCUCGGUUCUCCGCUGGAUCCGCGAGAACCUCGACAGCAGCAACUGCGUCAUCGUCUCCCCCGAUGCUGGAGGCGCCAAGCGUGCCACCUCCAUCGCCGACCGACUCAACACGGGCUUCGCCCUCAUCCACAAGGAGCGUCCCAUGCCUAACGUUGUAGGCCGCAUGGUCCUCGUCGGAGACGUCGUCGACAAGGUGGCCAUUCUCGUCGACGACAUGGCUGACACCUCUGGCACUCUCGCCAAGGCUGCCGCCACCGUUAACGAGCACGGCGCUCGCGAGGUCUGGGCCAUUGUCACCCACGGUAUCCUCAGCGGUAAGGCCAUUGACACCAUCAACUCGUCGUGCCUGUCCGGCCUCGUCGUCACGAACACUUGGAACUGCACAGAUCUGCUAACAUGUCGCACAGUCGGUAACAAGACGGAGCUCUGCCCCAAGAUCAAGGUCAUGGACGUUUCGGCCACUCUGGCGGAGGCCAUCCGUCGCACUCACAACGGAGAGUCCGUCUCGUACCUCUUCACCAACGCCCCUGUCUAG